AAUGAGGUAUUGACUGCGACGCCUGCGUACUUGGUCUCCGGUCGCAGUUCCCUGUCCUUUGCUCUAGCACGCUGUCUGCAACUGUCCAAUGCUCACGCGGAGCCGGGAGGCGGAGCCUGCGUAGUGUGCGUGGGAAGGGGGAGGGCAUGGGCAGGCGCCCAUGGUGUUUGACCCGGCGGUCUGUGAGUGAGAAGAAAGGGAAGGAGAAGGUGGUCUGGAGGAACUGUUGCCGAAAUGUUCCGGUGUGGAGUCCUGGCGGCGGGUGCCUUGCGUCAGAAGCUGUCGCCUUUGGUGCGGACAGUGUGCGUCCGAGGCCCGAGGCAGAGGAAUCGGCUUCCAGGCAACUUGUUCCAGAGAUGGCAUGUUCCCCUAGAACUCCAGAUGACAAGACAAAUGGCUAGCUCUGGUUCAUCAGGGGGCAAAAUCGAUAACUCUGUAUUAGUCCUUCUUGUGGGCUUAUCAACGUUGGGAGCCGGUGCCUACGCCUACAAGACAAUAAAAGAUGACCAAAAAAGAUACAGUGAGAGAGUUUCAGGGUUAGGGUUGACGCCAGAAGAGAAACAGAAAAGGGCCGCGUUGCCUGCCUCAGAAGGAGAGCCAGUUCCUCAAGUCAGGGCACCAAGUCAUGUUCCUUUCCUGCUGAUUGGAGGAGGCACUGCUGCUUUUGCUGCUGCCAGAUCCAUCCGGGCUCGGGAUCCUGGGGCCAGGGUACUGAUUGUAUCAGAAGACCCUGAGCUACCUUACAUGCGGCCGCCUCUGUCGAAAGAACUGUGGUUUUCAGAUGAUCCCAAUGUCACCAAGACACUACGAUUCCGACAGUGGAAUGGAAAAGAGAGGAGCAUAUACUUCCAGCCACCUUCUUUCUACGUCUCUGCUCAGGACCUGCCUCACAUUGAGAAUGGUGGUGUGGCCGUCCUCACAGGAAAGAAGGUGAUCCAUCUGGAUGUGAGGGGCAACCUGGUGAAGCUUAAUGAUGGCUCUCAGAUAACCUAUGAAAAAUGCUUGAUUGCAACAGGAGGCACUCCAAGAAGCCUGUCUGCCAUUGACAGGGCUGGAGCAGAGGUGAGGAGCAGGACAACGCUGUUCAGAAAGAUUGGAGACUUCAAAUCCUUGGAGAAGAUCUCACGAGAAGUCAAAUCGAUUACGAUUAUUGGUGGCGGCUUCCUCGGUAGCGAACUGGCCUGUGCUCUUGGGAGAAAGGCUCAAGCCUUGGGUACAGAAGUGAUUCAACUCUUUCCUGAGAAAGGAAACAUGGGGAAGAUCCUCCCUGAAUACCUCAGCAACUGGACCAUGGAAAAAGUCAGACGAGAGGGGGUGAAGGUGAUGCCCAGUGCGAUUGUGCAAUCAGUUGGAGUCAGCGGUGGCAAGUUACUCAUCAAGCUUAAAGACGGCAGGAAGGUAGAAACUGAUCACAUAGUGGCAGCUGUGGGCCUGGAGCCCAAUGUUGAAUUGGCCAAGACUGGCGGGCUAGAAAUAGACUCAGAUUUUGGUGGCUUCCGGGUAAAUGCAGAGCUUCAAGCACGCUCUAACAUCUGGGUGGCAGGGGAUGCGGCAUGCUUCUACGAUAUCAAGCUGGGUAGGAGGCGGGUAGAGCACCAUGAUCACGCUGUUGUGAGCGGAAGGCUGGCUGGAGAAAAUAUGACAGGUGCUGCUAAGCCAUACUGGCACCAGUCAAUGUUCUGGAGCGAUUUGGGCCCUGAUGUUGGCUAUGAAGCUAUUGGCCUCGUGGACAGUAGUUUGCCCACAGUUGGUGUUUUUGCAAAAGCAACUGCACAAGACAACCCCAAAUCUGCCACCGAGCAGUCAGGAACUGGAAUCCGAUCAGAAAGCGAAACAGAGUCGGAGGCCUCAGAAAUCGCUAUUCCUCCAAGCAACCCGGCACCUCCACAGGUCCCCAUUCAAGGGGAGGAUUACGGCAAAGGUGUCAUCUUCUACCUCAGGGACAAGGUGGUGGUGGGGAUCGUGCUCUGGAACAUCUUUAACCGAAUGCCAAUAGCAAGGAAGAUCAUUAAGGACGGUGAGCAACAUGAAGAUCUCAAUGAAGUAGCCAAGCUCUUCAACAUUCAUGAAGACUGAAGCCCCACAGCGGA